AUGAGAAAGGCAGAUCUCCGAGCCAAUCUAUUGAGUGAUGAUGCAGUGUUUGCAUCGGCGGCACCGACAGGCGGACGGGCCAACAAGCAUAUAGGAAUGCCGAUCAAAGCCUACGGGGGGUAUUCAGGGGGGAGACCUGUGCCCAAUGCAGCAAAUCCUGCUCGAGGAGCAAUUAAUGUUAAUGGAGGGGGAAUUGCAGGAGGUAUGACGGGAGCAAUGGCGGGAGGGAUACCGGGGGCAAGUACAGGGCAGGUCCCGGCAGCGGUGCCGGGCAGGCGGCGGCCACCAGUGCCUACUCAGCCUGCCUACCAGGCGUAUCCAAACUAUGCCACUUCCCCAGGUGCCCCUGCAAUUCCCCCACAGCCCAUACAGCCACCGGGGCAGCAACCACCGGGACAACAGCCUUACUACGGGGCACAGCAGCCCCGGUACGCACCGCAGGCGGCAUACGGGCAAUACCAGGGCUACCAGGGGAAACCAGUGAGUUAUCAAACAAAGCCAAUGGACUACCACGCACAGCAGGCACCUCCCCUGCCGCCAUAUCCCCAGCAGCAAACCCAGCCAGCCCAGAUGCCGUCCGGCCACAUUUCUGUGCCCCCUGUAAAUCCAUAUCUUACGGGGAGACCGGGCGGGUAUUUGGAGCAGGGUGAAAUGCCAGAAAGUGGUCACCAGGUGGGAAACCCACCCGGGAACGCCUACGGGUACCCGGAUGCCCACGGGGAGUACAAUGGGGAGUGGAAAGGCGGCGCGGAUGAACGUUAUGGUGGAAAAAGCGGCCCGGAUGAACGUUAUGGUGGAAAAAGCGGCCCGGAUGAAUACUAUAGCGCGAAAAAGCCCCAGCAGAGACCCACGUACGACGAAAGAAAGACAUCAUCGUCUUCACGUAGGAGAUAUGUGUCACCAGAGGGGAGAUCACUUGGAGAGCACAGGCGUUAUGAAAAGGAGAAGAACUAUGAAAAAGAUGAUGAAGACUACGAGAAGAACUAUCGAGACCACAGAAACCCCAGGCACGAUGUUCCAUUAUCUCCAAGUAUCUCGGAUGAUAAUAGCGUGUCAUCUUCCUCGUCAAUCGACACUAAUCCGUUCGACAGUCCCCGGCACCGCAUAUCAGACGGUCCGACAGACAUGCCGGGCAAAAACACGCUUCGUGUUGCAUCACACCGCCGGAAAUUAUCAUCUCGACACUCGUCAGAGUCACUUUCACCAGAUGACAGUCCAGAUAAAGCUAGCGUGUUGAGUGAUUCGACUUUGGAGCAGGAUCGGAUCAACCAGUUGGAGGAUAAAGUGCAACGUUUGGAAAGAGCGUUGAGAGCACAGAAGAGUGGAAGUGAGUCGGAUGUGUCUGUUGGAUCUGCAACCAGGAGAAAUGCCGGCAGUUCGAACUCUUUGAUACCGUCUGAGGAGUACGAGAAGGGGGAAUAUGAUAAAGGAGAAUACGAUAAAGCGGUAGAUAACGACUUUGAGUAUGGGGAGAUCGAGGCACCGGGCAGUCUUACGUACUCGAAAUCAAUCUACAGAACCGGCUUUGAGAAGGCAGGGUACAACUUUGGCAAUAGCAGUGGAAUGAGAUCAAGAUCGGGAAGAUCUCGAAAAGGCCCCCAGCCACGGAUGCCCGAGAUUAAUGAGCAUUUAUCGAAACCAGCGCGGAAUAUCACUGAGCAAACAAUGUCUUCAAGUGUGUACAGCGACCGGAAACCAAGUGCUACUAAGGAGUAUACCGGGGAUGAAGAUGAUGAGGACGAUGCAGAGAGGUAUUUCAACGCUUACGAGCACAAGUACGAGCACAGGCAGCAGAAAGCGAAGCACAAGGACGGGGAGAGUGGCAGAUCCUGGCAUCAGAAAAGCGAGAGACACAACCGGGCGAAGUAUGAGGAAGAGGAAGAAGAGGGCAAGUAUGAAGAAGAAGGAGAUGACAAGUAUGAAGAGGAGGGAGACGACAAGUAUGAAGAUGAGGGAGACGACAUGUAUGAUGAAAAGUAUGAUGAUGAGUACAAGGAUGAGAAGGAGUAUGAUAAGUAUGAUGAUAGGUAUGACGACAAGUAUAAUGAUAGACAUGAUAGACGUGAGGACAGCAGCCGGCGGAAACCUUCGGCUUCUAGGAGACCAAGAGAAGCCGUUAGAACACACACAAAAAACUCCUUGUACGGGGAAGAGAGAAAACCUCGAAAAAACACAGAGGAGUACAGACCGGAGUGGUACAGUCGUUCCAAGACCUCAAAUUCUACGUCAUCGUCAGCAACACCAAAAACACAUAAACCCAAGCCCAAACCUAACCCCAACUUAUCCGCCCCAAGGUCAAGAACACGUGACCGCAGACCAUCACCCGUUCCCAAACCGGUACCAGUGUACAAAACGAGCCGUUCGGAUCCCCGGGUGGACCAGAAGCGGGCACAACCGUACACCACACAGACCAGUUCCGGUGCAGAGUCCAGAGAGACGAGAUUUUCACCGAUGAUCAAAUCAGUGCCUGUGAUUAAGUACAGCACAGCAACAUCGGCAAAAGCGUUCUCGGGCGGUGUAGUGAAGCCUAUUCUUCCAUCACAGUCUCGUGAGCCGCUUGAGAGUGUGGUUGCAAGAUUUAGAAACACCAGGCAGAAAGCGCUGCACGAUUACAAGAUGUUCACGCCGAAAAUCCAGUUUUUCUGGGCUGUGACGCUCCUAGAGACCGUUGCAAGGCCUGACGUGUUGUCAAAGAUGGCAAUAGACGGAAAUCUAAGGCGGAGACCCAUCCCAGCGAAGUCUCUUCGCACACAGAGAAAGCAGUUUGUUUCCACGGCCGUAAAAGUGCUCGAGAAGCUCGUGCAGACUUCACCGAUGGAAACUCGUGCAAGGUUGUACUUGGCGGACCUAUACUCGGGUGGAAUUCACCCGGGAGUGCUGGACAAGAACGAGAAAGCUGGAUUUUCGAUGUUUUACGAUGCUGCAACCAAGCAGAAGGACCCAGUUGCAGCUUACCGUGUGGCAUGCUGCUUAGAGGCGGGAGUUGGCUGCAGGCAGGAUUCUCAGCAGAGUUCGCACUUUUUCAAAGAGGCAGCAAUGAUGGGAGACCCGUCUGCGAUGUGCCAACUUGGAAUGAUGUACUUUGCCGGGGCUAACGGGUUCCCUGUUGACAUUGGCAAGUCCAUUCUCUGGCAUAAGAAUGCAGUCGACAGGCUUUACGACCGAGAAGUCAUGGCUUACGAUACUUUAAUCUCUGCCAGGUCCUUUAGCGAUGCCCGUGGAGCUUUGUACACGUUGGCGAAGAUAUACCAGACGGAUCUCGAUCUUCUUUCGAUCAACAACGAGUCUCAGCGGUCGAGAAACGUCAUUGGUUCGCUCGAAAGACUGGAUGCCUUUCGCAACAAGCAAAAAUCUCUCGCCUACUACCUAGAAGCAGCCAAGAUAGGCCAUCCGGAGUCGCAGGCAGUGCUCGGUUACUAUUACUCGAAAGGCUUUCUUCCAACAUCCAACUUCAAGCCCGAUAAACGGUCGUCAAACGGCGUUAAGGACCGAAUCGAGCCCAAGAGAUCUAUAUACUGGUAUUCCAAGGCUGCCCAGCACAACCAUGCUUAUGCAGCCCUAGGAUUGGCCAAAUGGUACGGAUCGGGGGCUCCAGACAAGUCUUUGGAGAAAGAUGAGCAGCAAGCAUUUCUGUGGGGAAGAAAAGCUGCUGAUGAGGGAAAACUUCCCGAGGCUGAAUUCAUGAUUGGCCUGUGCUUCGAGCAGGGCUUUGGCACAUCCGUAAACCGCCAGAUGUCCAUGAAUUACUACAAACGGAGUGCUUCCAAGGGCUAUGGCCGAGCCAUUUCCAAGGUAGGCUUGAAGAGAUAG